UCCCCUGCACCAUUCAAGUUUGAGUGUCCUUGAUAAGGUGAUGAACGCAGCAACACAAGAAAGGUUUUUAUUCUUCUUUUAAACGCGGAGACGUUCAUGUGAGAGAAUUCUUCCAAGAUGGGAUGUUGUAAGAGCUGUGCUGACUGCUCCUUCAAGUGCAUGAAGAUCGCGCUAUUUGUGUUUAACCUGAUCUUCUUGCUGCUCGGCCUAACGCUGGUGGGAGUGGGGAUCUGGGUGAUGGUGGAGAGUAACGCGUCCAACGCCUUCACCCUCACCGACACCGACAGCAUGACGCUGUACGCAGGCGCGAUCGUGCUGAUUGUGGGCGGAGUCAUCACCGUCAUCGUGUCGGUCCUGGGGGCGGUCGGGGCCUGGAAGGAACACCAGAUCAUCCUGGGGGUCUUCUUCACCUGUCUGUUGAUCCUACUCUGUCUGGAGGUCGCCAUUGGCGUGUACUAUGUGGUUCAGAAGGAUCAGUUUUACGUUACCGUUGGGGACGCCAUAGACACCCUCUCAACUACAAACUACAGUGACUUCGACCCGGCCAUCCAGACCCUGCUCGACACUAUCCAGAAGAACCUGCAAUGCUGCGGGCUGAACUCCACCAAGAACUUCAAUCCCAAGCCCAGCUCGUGUUCGUGUGACGUGGACACAGACGACAACUGCUGUGAGCUGGACGCGAUGUCGUGGUGGGACAGGCCAUGCAAAAGACCCAUCAUCCUCUGGAUGCAGGAGCAGUCGGGUAUAAUCGCAGGUGUGGGGAUCGGGUUCGGACUGGUGAUGGUUUUCGGAAUGACCAUGUCCUGCUGCCUGUGCCAAAAGAAGAGGAAAACUGGUAACAACGCUAUCUGAGUCUGCACUUCGUAGUUACACCUGCGUUUUAUUUUUCAGGUAUAGGCUUUACACUGCGUUUUAGAAACUAGUAAUGAAGUUAUGUUGGUUUUCCCGUUUUGAUUUUCAUUUCCAUUUCCUCAUUAAGUUGCUAUAAUGUUGUUUUAAUAGAAACUUAAGCACAGGUUAAAAAUAAUCACUGAUGAAACAUAGCAGAUGCCAAAGUAUCUACUAAGGCGUAACUUGAGUAAUCUUGUAUUGUGUAAUGUCAUAAUAUUGUCAUAAAGACAUUUUUAUUUUCAAUUUGUACUUCUUUAUCUUGCGCGCAUCCUGUAACCUACCGAUGGCGCUUAUUAGAUAACAUUGGAUAUUGCUUACACGUGAUCACUAAAUACUUUAUCACUGAAAUCGUAUAUUUUUUAAUGCUAAAUGUCUCAACACAGAUACAGCUCAAUGUCUGCUUUAUUGUAAGUAACUUGUGCACAUGAACAUGUGAAUUGUAUAUUUC